UCUACGUAACCCGCUGCGCUCCCUCUGUACUCCCUCGUCCUAACCCAUUCGCUUAUGCUCACCUACGUCGCUCUCAACAGUUCGUCCAUCCGACCACUCUCUCUUCGAUUUACCAACAGCAAAUACGUUCGGAGACGACUUUCUUUCGGUGGAGAAAGAACAGCAGCGGGCAAACACAAAAUCUCACACACCGGACCCUACAGAUGUAGCCUAAAUAACUUUCAGUGAGAAUACCAGGUUUUAUUUUCGUUUUACAUAACAGUUACCCCGUAAUUAUUUGAUUUAUGUCCAUGACAUUUGAUUAAUCCAUCCACAUUUCGGGAAAUUUACGGAAUUCUGAAAAAUGUUGCGAACAAGGUUCGCUCUUGUUCAUCAACUCCUUUUGUAACAAUUUAGUCCACAUGUAGGCAGGCCUAUGCCACAUGAUGUAUUUGAGUGUAAUUUCGAAUAUGUAAGUGUAACGUUAGUGGUGGUUUACCUGGAAUUAUUUUAACAGAAUCGUACGACAUCGUAAAUGAAAUGGAUCUUUGGGGAGUGUACCUAUUUCAUCUCGUAUUCAUUGCCCUGCAUGAGGUCCUGUCCACAGGCAGAGACUGUCUGGUGGCGGGGGACUCAUGCUCUAGCGACGAGACCUGCAGCCCACGUCUGCGGACCCUGCGUCAGUGCGUGGCGGGCGACGGCAGCAUGAAGCUGGGCCCCGGGGCCCGGAGCCAUUGCGCCAACGCUGUCUCAGCCCUGAUUUCCAGCCCCCUGCACGGCUGCCAGUGCAAACGGGGCAUGAAGAAGGAGAAGAACUGCCUCAGCAUCUACUGGAGUCUCCAUCAGUCUGUCAUACACGGACUCAACCUGGUGGAGAGUUACCCUUAUGAAACCGCGGAGAGAGACUACAACUCCGUUCGUCUGGCCUCCAUCACGGCUGACUCUGAGGCCAACGUGGCGACGGUGAACCGUUGCCUGGACGCAGCCAAGGCAUGUAACGUUGACGACCUGUGCCAGAAGCUUCGCACAGAGUACGUCUCUGCCUGCAUCAAACCCUUGGCCAAGUCAGGCCUCUGCAACAAGGCCAAGUGUAAGAAGGCCCUACGCCGGUUCUUUGAUCGCGUCCCUCCAGCCUACACACAUGAGCUGCUUUUCUGCCCUUGCACGGACAUGGCGUGCGCCGAGCGACGCAGGCAAACCAUUGUUCCCGGCUGCUCCUAUGAGGGCUCAGACAAACCCAGCUGCCUCAUACAGAUGAGUAUGUGCAAGGGUGACUAUGUGUGCAGGUCCCGUCUGGCUCAGUUCCAGUACGACUGCCAACCAGCCGAGUCGUCUGCCAACAGCUGCAAGCAGGGGAACUAUGGAGCCUGUCUACUUGCCUACACAGGCCUGAUAGGCAGUUCGAUAACUCCCAACUAUGUGGAUAACUCCACAUCUAGCGUGGCCCCAUGGUGCUCCUGCUCUGCCAGUGGAAACCAGAGAGUAGAGUGCUCCGAUUUCCUGGAAUACUUCACCAACAACGUCUGUCUCAGGAAUGCCCUCCUGGCGUUUGGGAGCGGGACAGACGUGAUGCCCACGUCCAGCAAAUCGGGACACCUCAGCCCAGCCACUGGCAGAGAGAGCCAUGCCAUCAACCUUCUGCCUGCUACUGUGGAGACCACACAGAACAUUCCGGAAUCAAUUAUUCCAACACAGGCCAGCGGAAACGACCGAUUGUGGAGAGAUUCUACCCUCCCGUCAGAUGGGCUCCCAAACUCUGCCCCCGCACUUGGUCUACUGCCUCCAACUUCCUUUACUGGCCUUUUGGUCCUACCUCUGCUCUUAUAUAGUCACUAAAUUAGGAAGCACUGCCAAGGACCACCCAUAAAGCAGGAGUAUUUGUUCACAAAUUCUGGAUACAUUUUUGUCUUUAGCAUAUAGGCUACUCCGUCUCCUAAACAUAUACAGCAUAGUUAUUUUCCUAUUUUUUGUGUUAGUGGUUCAGUUGCAAGUCCCUUAGGUGUACGACUUGGAGAGACUGAGACAGAUUGAAACCAAUCUGUAUACUUGUACAUUGUUAUCGCUUCGAGUCAAGAUGAAAGUACUUUUUGUGUGGACUCACCUACCAUCCAGCUAUCCAAGCACAGGACUGAAUUCUGAAAAUGCCAUCGGGAACUACACGGUUAUUCUUUAAGAUCUAUAUAUAUAUAACGGAAAGCUCACGAGAAACGGACUCUAGUGAACUGUCUUUAUUUCGUACUCAACUGCACAAACUGAUUGGAAAAGACCCUUGCGGAUAUAAGAGCUUUAAUACCGCUCUCUUCGACUUGACUGAAGGAGGAACAAUGUUUCUGAUCAAUACUGGAAUGGUAGAGAUGGACAAUGGAGCUACGGCUUAAUCAGCCAUUCUGGACAAAUAUCCUGACUCUGAUCAGUCCAAGUGCUGUCGGCUGCAAGAGAUGUAGAAACUUUAGAAUACGUGGGAUAGCUCUGACCUAAUGAUUAUCAUGCACACAUUGAAGAUUGGGCUCUUUGUCAUGCUGUCAUCGCCAGUUCAUUUGUUCUCGCUAAUGCUUAGCUAAGUGUUCAUGUAUAAAACACUUUCUUCUCCUAGAACUUUGUUUAAAAUUAAGUUAUGAGCAAACAUGUUCUCUGUGUACAGUACCAUUGUUCUGUGUUUGUGUGGAAGGACUGCCUUAUUUUCCCUCAUUGUGUAAAUGGACAUUUCUCAAAGGGUGUCUGAAUUAGUAUGCCAUAUAGGAACAAGGGCUUGUGUCUCAAUAUUUUGGCCAAUAUUGAACCCUUUUCACACUACUGAGCCUAGCCAAGACAAGCCGAAAUGUACUGAGCUGCCCUCGAUACACGUCAACCAUAGUUGCUGAAACCAUGCUGGAAUGCAUAAUGUGAAAAGAAAAUACCAGAGACAAUAGCAGAAUACAGUACAGUUUGUACAGUAGAAAGGGUGUAUGUGACCUGCUCAUGGUAAGAUGGUCAUGAAUGAUGCUAUGUUCAAUGGGUUUCUGAUGACACGGAUAAUAUAGAGUUGGCUGGGUUUACUGUGCAUUGGCAGGACAGAUAAGCUACGUCUGUUAAGACGAGGGGUGGGGAUGUGUGUAUUUGUCAAUAACAGCUGGUGCGUGAUGUCUAAUAUUAAAGAAGUCUCGAGGUGGAGUACCUCAUGAUAAGCUGUAGACCACACUAUCUACCAAGAGAGUUCUCAUCUAUAGUAUUCGUAGCCAUCUAUUAACCACCACACACCGAUCCUGGCACUAAGACCCCACUCCACGAGCUAUAUAAGGCCAUAAGCAAACAAGAAAAAGCUCAUCCAGAAGUGACGCUCCUAGUGGCCGGGGACUUUAAUGCAGGCAAACUAAAAUAAUGUUUUACCUCAAUUCUAGACAACCUUUACUUCACACACAUAGACACAUACAAAGCUCCCCCUCGCCCUCCAUUUGGCAAAUCUGACGAUAAUUUUAUCCUCCUGAUUCCUGCUUACAAGCCAAAACUAAAAAAAUUAUUUUUUAUUUAUUUUACCGUUAUUUUACCAGGUAAGUUGACUGAGAACACGUUCUCAUUUGCAGCAACGACCUGGGGAAUAGUUACAGGGGAGAGGAGGGGGAUGAAUGAGCCAAUUGUAAACUGGGAAUUAUUAGGUGACCAUGAUGGUUUGAGGGCCAGAUUGGGAAUUUAGCCAGGACACCGGGGUUAACACCCCUACUCUUACAAUAAGUGCCAUGGGAUCUUUUAAUGACCUCAGAGAGUCAGGACUCCCGUUUAACGUCCCAUCCGAAAGACGGCAUCCUACACAGGGCAGUGUCCCCAAUCACUGCCCUGGGGCAUUGGGAUAUUUUUUUUAGACCAGAGGAAAGAGUGCCUCCUACUGGCCCUCCAACACCACUUCCAGCAGCAUCUGGUCUCCCAUCCAGGGACUGACCAGGACCAACCCUGCUUAGCUUCAGAAGCAAGCCAGCAGUGGUAUGCAGGGUGGUAUGCUGCUGACAGGAAGUACCAGUGACUCGCUCAAUACAGAAGUGGUCAGAUGACACGGAUACUACACUACAUGACUAUUUUGCUAGCACACACUGAAUAUGUUCAGCCGAUGUGUGCAAGACCUUUAAACAGGUCAACAUUCACAAAGUCACGUGGCCGGAUGGAUUACCAGGACGUGUACUCCUGGUACACGUCCUGCUAAGUGUCUUCCCUGACAUUUUCAACCUCUCCCUGACCCAGUCUGUAAUAUAACAUUUUUCAAGCAGAACACCAUAGUCCCUGUGCCAAAGGAAGCGAAGGUAACCUGCUGAAAUGAUUUCCCUCCCCAUAGCACUCAUGUCGGUAGCCAUGAAGUGCCUCGAAAGGCUGAUAAUUGCUGACAUCAACACCAUCAUCCCGGAAACCCUAGACCCACACCAAUUUGCAUACCGCCCCAAUAGAUCCACAGACGACACAAUCUCAAUCGCACUCCACACUGCCCAUUCCCACCUGGACAAAAGGAACACCUAUAUGAGAAUGCUGUUCAUUGACUACAGCUCAGCGUUCAACACCAUAGUGCCAACAAAGCUCAUCACUACGCUAAGGACCCAGGGACUCAACACCUCCCUUUGCAACUGGAUCCUGGACUUUUUGACGGGCCGUCCCAGGUGGUAAGGGUAGGCAACAACACGUCUGCCAUGCUCAUCCUCAACACUGAGGCUCCUCAUGGGUGCAUGCUUAGUCCCCUCUGGUACUCCCUGUUCACCCACGACUGCUUGGCUAAACACGACUCCAACACCAUCAUUAAGUUUGCUGACGACACAACAGUGAUGGGCCUGAUUACCGACAACGAUGAGACAGCCUAUAGGGAGGAGGUCAAAGACCUGGCAGUGUGGUGCCAGCACAACAACAUCUCCCUCAAUGUAAGCAAGACGAAGGAGCUGAUCGUGGACUACAGGAAAAUGCAGCCCGAACAGGCCCCCAUUAACAUUGACGUGGCUGUAGUGGAGCGGGUCGAGAGUUUCAAGUAGUUGGUGUCCACAUCACCAACAAACUAUCAUGGUCCAAACACACCAAGAGAGUUGUGAAGAAGGCACGACAACACCUUUUCCACCUUUAUGAGACAAAGAUUUGGCAUUGGUUCCCAGAUCCUCAAAAAGUUCAUCCUAACCGGUUGCAUCCACACCUAGGAUAGCAACUGCUCGGCUGUAAGGAGCUACAGAGGGUAGUGCGUACGGCCCAGUACAUCACUGGGGCAAGCUUCCUGCCAUCCAGGACCUAUAUACUUGGCGGUGUCAGAGGAAGGCCCCAAAAAUUGUCAAAGACUCCAGUCACGCAAGUCAUAGACUGUACUCUCUGCUACCGCACGGCAAGUGGUACCGGAGAACCAAGUCUACGACCAAAAGGCUCAACAGCUUCUACUCCCAAGCCAUAAGACUGCUGAACAAUUAAUCACAUGGCGCCACCCUUCCAUUUGUUUUAUCGCUACUGCUACGUGCUGUUUUAUCUAUGCAUAGUCACUUUACCCAUAACUACAUGUACAAAUUACCUCAAAUAAAACCUGUUGUCACAGCCUGAUCUGAUUCACCUGUCCUUGUGAUUGUCUCCACCGCCUCCAGCUGUUGCUUAUUAUCCCCUGUGUAUAUAUCCCUGUGUUUCCUGUCUCUCUGUGCCAGUUUGUCUUGUUUGCCAAUUCAACCAGCAGUUUCUCUUGCUCCUAUUUUUCCCAGUCUGUUUGUUUCUAGUCCCCCUGGUUUCGACUCUUGCCUGUUCUGACUCCGCACCCGCCUGCCUGACCACUCUGCCUGUUCUGACUACCAGCCUGCCUAUCCCCUUGUACUGUUUUUGACCUGGUUUAUGAACUCUUGCCUGUCCCCGACCUGUCUUUGCCUACUCCCUUUGUUAUAAUAAAUAUCAGAGCUCUA